AGAAAGGGUACCGCGCGUGGCGGCUUGGCCUCAUCGGACAGUCAGCGCUUCUCCCCACAUGCCCGGACUUUUCCUCUUCUCUCCCUUCCUCCACCCCGUCAAAUUUGAGUCGUCAAAUUUCGACAAACAAUUCCUCCUCCUCCACCCGUCGAUCCGUCCUCCUCCUCCUCGUCGUUCUUCCGCUUAGCAGAAGAAAGAAAAGAAGUCCGGCGUUUUCCCCUCGUCGUUCGAGGAACAAACAAAAUUUCCAGGUUUCCAAGAAACCAGGACGGAGGCGUUGAGGAAGUGGCGCCGCCACCACGGCGGUCUCCCCUGAGCGGUAUAACAAGAAAAUCCUCCGGCCGCGUCUCCUCUGUCCAUCGAUCACUUCGCGGGUGCCGCUGCCGGGUUUCGCUGCCGAAUCUGGUUCGAGGCAAGGAGAGAGCAUAUUUGCAUGCUGAGGUAUCUAAAUAAUGGCUCUAGCACCGUCAAUGGACUAUGCUGGUUCAGUUAGCUCAGGCCAGAAGCACCUGGGCUGUUUUCGAGUGCACACUAGCAGUAGGUUGCAAUGUGUGGGAUAUGACAAGAAAUCAAGAACAAAUCAGUUUGUUGUUAGAGCCAUAUCUGUGGAUCGUCCACAACUAGAUUUGUCAAAUCCAAACUGGAAGAAGCAGUUUCAGGAGGAUUUUGGUAAGCGCUUCAGCUUGCCACAUUUAAGAGAUGUGAUUGAUGUGGAACCGAGGCCAACAACUUUUUCUCUGAAGAGCAGGACUCCUCUCAAGAAUGUAAAUGGUUCUGUGCAAGAAUCAUGGAAUGGCUAUGUGAACGAUGAUGACAGAGUACUUUUGAAGGUUAUUAAGUUUGCCUCACCAACAUCUGCUGGAGCUGAUUGCAUUGACCCUGAUUGUAGUUGGGUUGAACAAUGGGUACACCGUGCUGGUCCACGUAAACAAAUAUAUUUCGAGCCUCAAUAUGUAAAGGCUGGGAUUGUAACAUGUGGUGGGCUCUGCCCUGGUCUCAAUGAUGUCAUCCGGCAGAUUGUGCUUACACUAGAAAAAUAUGGAGUCAAAAACAUUGUUGGGAUACAACAUGGGUUCCGUGGAUUUUUUGAGGAUCACUUAUCAGAAGUGCCAGUAAGAGUCUUUUCUACUUCAUUAAUAUCUGUAUACAUUUUUUUAGGAACAUUUAUAAAAAUGUUUAAGGGAACUUGGCUCUUUUCUUUCAUUCAGCUUUCUAGGCACGUAGUCCAAAAUAUCAAUCUUGCUGGUGGUAGCUUCUUAGGAGUUUCUCGUGGUGGUGCAAAAAUUUCAGACAUUGUUGACAGUAUUCAGGCGAGGAGGCUUGACAUGCUCUUUGUACUAGGUGGAAACGGAACUCAUGCUGGAGCUAAUGCUAUACAUGAAGAGUGCCGCAAGAGAAAACUGCAAGUGUCGAUUGUUUGUGUCCCCAAAACGAUUGACAAUGACAUAUUACUGAUGGACAAGACAUUUGGAUUUGAUACUGCAGUGGAAGCAGCACAAAGAGCUAUCAACUCAGCAUAUAUUGAGGCACAUUCUGCAUUUCAUGGCAUCGGACUGGUCAAGCUGAUGGGGAGAAGCAGUGGUUUCAUCACAAUGCAUGCCUCUCUGUCCAGUGGACAAGUAGAUAUCUGCCUGAUACCUGAGGUACCAUUCAUUCUUGAUGGGCCGAACGGAGUUCUUCGACAUCUUGAGCACUUGAUAGAGACCAAGGGAUUUGCUCUUGUUUGUGUUGCUGAAGGAGCAGGGCAGGAAUAUCUGCAGAAGUCAAAUGCAACUGAUGCAUCAGGCAACAUGGUUCUUGGUGACAUCGGUGUCCACCUUCAGCAGAAGAUCAAAUCUCAUUUCAAGGAUAUAGGAGUCCAUUCUGAUGUUAAGUAUAUCGAUCCCACAUACAUGCUCCGUGCAGUGCGUGCCAAUGCAUCUGAUGCCAUCCUGUGCACUGUGCUGGGUCAGAACGCUGUACAUGGCGCGUUUGCAGGUUUCAGUGGCAUCACAACAGGGGUGUGCAACACGCACAAUGUGUACUUACCAAUACCAGAAGUCAUCAAGUCCACAAGAUUCGUCGAUCCAAACAGCCGGAUGUGGCAUCGGUGCCUGACGUCAACAGGGCAACCAGACUUCCACUGAUAAGUUGUUAACAAUGAAGCAUGGAAGCUGGUAGUAGCAUCUGAUGACUGAUGGUACAAGGAGUCAAGGAGUAGGUGGUGUAUAGCCAAAGGGAUUUACUUCCAUUGUCAGUAUGGCAAAAUAAUCAUCAGAUGGACUUUUCAUCUUCCAUCUGGAAACCCUCCAUGGGCCCUUGAGAUGCAAUAUGGAUAGAAUAAGCAUCUCUCAAACCACAUUCAUAUUUUGGUAGAUUAGCAAUAUGCAACGCACGUAGAAACAUACAAAUUUAGUGGAGGUUUUGUUGUCAUGGAAUUUACAAGGGAUGCUCAGUUCCCGUUUAUUUAGUGCAAGAGCAGAAUUACUUUUAUGGUGCUAAGCAUACAAUGGCACUGUCAUAUUAUAUCUGAUUGGCCAAGGCCAUUGAUA